CAGACUGUCUCUCUUCGUGCACUGCUGACUCAACUCACGUAUUCCUCAUUGAUCCCCCACCAUGCCGACGUCGCUGCCGUGUCACCAACCUGAGCUGGCGGCGCACCGCAGGACCCUCCCUUUCCGCUCGGACUCGGCCGAGGCGAGCGUCCGCCGUCGCAAUGGAAGCUUCUUCUCUCAUUGCUUCUUCCCGCCACAGCGCGCGCACGUGGCGCGAGGCCUCCAACAUCUCCAACACUGCGAACUUUCUUUCUUUUUCCUCUUCUUUUACUUCUUCGUCCUCCCAUCUCAGCUGCCGCUACCUCUAGUCAGCUCAGCACUAACGUUCCUCUUGCUCCUUCUCCUUCCAUGUACCCCGUUGCCUCGCGUCUGCCGCGUCUGCUCGUCGGCCUCAGCAGCUUCCGCUUACUCCGCUCAGCUGCUCCCGUGCAACCGCACCGCUCACCUACCCAGCAACGCCCGUCGCAUCUGACCCGGCUGGCGCUAUCGUUGCUGCUGCUGCCGUGCAUCAUCUUGCGCGCAGUGGGCGCGAGGUCCGGAAGAGCGCGCAGGCGCCGACGCCCACCGUGGUCUGGCCGCCCGUUUGCUUUUCGUGCCACAGCGCCGGGGGCGUUCGUGAGCGAGAGAGCGAGAGGGCGCGCCCGCCUCCUGCCGUGCACGCCUGCUGCUGCUGCUGCUGCUGCUGCUGCGAUAACGUCGCUCGCUUCCGACCGAUGCUGCGCGCUUGCCGCUACUGUCGCUCUUGCUGCUACUACUGCUGCAGAUACUGCAGACGCAGACGCGUCCGAAGGCAGAUUAGCGAGCAGACAGAGGGUGCCGGGUGCGAUGAUGUCGCUUGCACAACACGAGACUGGUGCAGGGCCUGAGACUUGCAGUAGCAGCAGCAGUAGCAGCGAGUUCGCGUGGCCGAGGAGCGAGAGGGUCCAAUACACGUAUGUAUGUCUUAGUAUGUGCGUGUGCAGACCCUUCCCAAGAUACUACGAAAUUUAAGGUUUCGGUCCCGUUCAGCUCCGGCAAUCCGGUUAUUGCUUCUGUUGCGGCUGCAGAGGGAGCCGAGUCGCGCUGUGUUGGUGCCACGCGAUGGCGUGGUCGUGCCCGCUGCCCGACAGGAAACGGCUCUGCGGCUUUUUGCUCGAGGGUGGCUUGUUCGCGCCGCGCGGGAUGAAGUCAUCGAAGACGUUGUGCUUGCUGCUGCGUCGCAUUCGAGGUUUGUAAGCUAUGUGCUGUAGGAGCUACCUAGGUAACGAGGCUGGUGCUGGUCAGGGAGGUGAGCACCAGUGACGUGGGCUGCGGCAAAGUAGGCUCCCAGUGAACUAGGCGCAGAUGGCACCAGGAAGAAGCUUGAAUACAUGAACACGACACGACAUCACUUAGGCCUCGCCGCUCUAUAGGCUGGAAGACGUCUUGAUCCAGAACAUUGACAAGAGGAUGACGGUGUCUGCUCUUCGUCAAUAACCAUCGACCGCGCGCAAAGAAGCCGUAACUCAGCC